UCUGUACUACGUCAUCAAACGUUGACGGAAUAAGGUCGGUCACAUGCUGUAGAAAGCUCCAGAUCAACAUGGCCGUCUGCUUGAAGAUGCUCGGCGCUGUGAGACAGCUGAGCAGAAAUUCUGCACUUGUUGUCAAACGAAACCGUCCCGGGACGUUUAAGACCGUCACAUCCACGCCGAGCCGCCUCCAGCCACCACGGUUCUACAGCAGCACCGGGACCUCCCAGAAAACAUGCCCCCACCGCUCCCCUAACAUUCGAGUCAGCGCAGUGAUGACAGCUGGCUGUAGGCUGACCGCCGGGUCUCACCGCUGGAUGCGGGUGGGGGCCGUUCUCCGCGGCCAAACCGACCUCCUCACACCGACCUCCAGACCCUUCAUCAUACAGGACCGAAUGUUCGGGAAUCGGGCCAGUGGUGCAGGCUUUUCCGGGGAGGACGGCGGGGACAGUGCAGGCUCAGGGGGAGAAGAGUCUGGGGGAGAUGGGGGAGUGCCGUAUAACGGACCUCAGAUGACGGCUCUCACCCCCAUGAUGGUCCCAGAGGUGUUUCCCAAUGUGCCAUUGAUCGCUGUGAGCAGGAACCCGGUGUUCCCCCGCUUCAUCAAGAUCAUAGAGGUAAAGAACAAAGCACUGAUGGAGCUGUUGAGGAGGAAGGUUCGUCUGGCUCAGCCGUAUGCUGGAGUCUUCCUGAAGAGAGACGAUAAUAAUGAGUCAGAUGUGGUGGAGUCUCUAGAUGCCAUCUACUCUACAGGAACUUUUGUUCAGAUUCAUGAGAUGCAGGACCUGGGGGACAAACUGAGGAUGAUUGUCAUGGGACACCGCAGGAUCCGCAUCACAAAACAGCUGGAGGUGGAGCCUGAGGAAACUGCGACUUCCCCUGAGUGGUCAGAGUCUGAGGCGGAGUCCCAACCAAAACCUCAGAGACGGAAAGCAAAACGUAGCCGCAAGGACCAACCAGGAGCUCUGACAGAGCAGUUGGAGGACAAGAUUUCAGAAGCAGACCUGAGUCCAGAGCUUCAGCCUCUGCCCUCCUCCGACAUCCUGAUGGUGGAAGUGGACAAUGUUCAACAUGAACAGUUCACUGUAACUGAAGAGGUCAAGGCAUUGACAGCAGAGAUAGUGAAGACCAUCAGGGACAUCAUCGCACUCAACCCCCUCUACAGAGAGUCGGUCCUCCAGAUGAUGCAGGCUGGUCAGAGAGUGGUUGAUAAUCCCAUUUACCUGAGUGACAUGGGAGCAGCUCUGACAGGAGCAGAGUCACAUGAACUACAAGAUGUCCUGGAGGAGAUCAAUAUCCCGAAGCGUCUCUACAAGGCUCUGUCUCUGCUGAAGAAGGAGUAUGAGCUGAGCAAACUGCAGCAGCGACUGGGCCGAGAGGUGGAAGAGAAGAUCAAACAGACUCACAGGAAGUACCUGCUCCAGGAGCAGCUCAAGAUCAUUAAGAAGGAGCUGGGUCUGGAAAAAGAAGAUAAAGAAGCUAUUGAGGAGAAGUUUAGAGAGAGACUCAAAGAACGGACUGUCCCUCAGCACAUAAUGGAUGUAAUCAAUGAAGAACUCAACAAACUGGGAUUGCUGGACAACCACUCCUCAGAAUUCAACGUAACUCGGAACUACCUGGAGUGGCUGACCAGCAUGCCUUGGGGUACCAACAGUGAAGAAAACUUAAAAUUGGAGAGAGCCAAAGAGGUUCUGGAAGAAGAUCAUUACGGAAUGGAUGAUGUUAAGAAACGCAUAUUGGAAUUCAUAGCAGUGAGCCAGCUGCGUGGCUCCACCCAGGGAAAGAUCCUGUGUUUCUACGGUCCUCCAGGUGUGGGAAAGACCUCCAUCGCCCGCUCGAUAGCCAGAGCUCUGAAUAGACAAUACUUCAGGUUCAGCGUGGGAGGGAUGACCGAUGUGGCUGAGAUUAAGGGACACAGGAGGACAUAUGUUGGAGCGAUGCCAGGGAAGAUUAUCCAGUGCCUGAAGAAAACCAAGACAGAGAACCCUCUGGUGCUAAUAGAUGAGGUGGAUAAGAUUGGUCGUGGUUACCAGGGCGACCCAUCCUCUGCCUUGCUGGAGCUUCUGGAUCCUGAACAGAAUGCCAACUUCCUUGACCACUACCUUGAUGUCCCUGUAGAUCUGUCAAAGGUUUUGUUUAUCUGCACGGCCAAUGUGAUCGACACCAUCCCAGAGCCUCUCAGAGACAGGAUGGAGAUGAUCAAUGUGUCUGGAUAUGUGGCCCAGGAGAAACUGGCUAUCGCUGAGCGAUACCUGGUCCCCCAGCUCCGCUCUCUAUGCGGUCUGACUGAGGAGAAGGCCUCACUCUCAUCUGACGCCCUCAGUCUGCUUAUCAAGCAGUAUUGCAGAGAAUCUGGAGUCAGGAACCUGCAGAAACAAGUUGAAAAGGUGUUCCGUAAGGUGGCAUUCAGCAUUGUCAGUGGUGAGCAAGCCACAGUGACUGUUACACCUGACAACCUGCAGGACUACGUGGGUAAACCUAUUUUCACAGUGGAUCGGAUGUACAAUGUCACCCCACCAGGAGUUGUUAUGGGGUUGGCAUGGACCGCUAUGGGAGGGUCGACACUGUUCAUUGAGACCUCACUGCGCCGUCCCUCUGGAGGAGGGGAUUCUAAAGGAGAGGGCUCACUGGAGGUUACAGGUCAGCUGGGUGAUGUUAUGAAGGAAAGUGCAAAGAUUGCUUCAACCUUUGCCAGAACCUUCCUGAUGACCAAAGAACCAGAAAAUCUCUUCCUGGUCAACUCCCACCUGCACCUGCAUGUUCCUGAGGGGGCGACUCCAAAAGAUGGACCAAGCGCUGGCUGCACCAUUGUCACAGCCCUGUUGUCCUUGGCAACCAAUCAGCCAGUGCGUCAGAAUGUAGCAAUGACUGGUGAAGUUUCACUGACUGGCAAAAUACUGCCAGUAGGUGGAAUCAAAGAGAAAACUAUCGCUGCCCGUCGUGCUGGUGUGACCUGCAUCAUCCUGCCAGCUGAGAACAGGAAGGACUUCUCUGACCUGCAGGACUACAUCACCCAGGGCCUGGAGGUCCAUUUUGUGGAUCACUACAGUCAAAUAUACCCCAUCGCUUUCCCCCAGACCCAGUCGUAACCUGCUUCCAACUACAGUGAUGAAACCAAGCCAGGAUAGACUAGGAUUUGGGACUACAAAACCCAGACCCUGUUUGUUGCCACAUAACACUGAUAACACUGUAAUUCUGGUUGUAGUUAGUAAAAGCCCCCUAUUGCUUUUUGACUGAUUCAAUCAAUGCAGUUGGGACUCUGGGGUCCUGCUGUUGAAACUGUCACUUUGUUGUUCCAGAAUCAUUUGGGGGAAAUAUAAUUAAGUUUCAACCACCACAGGUCCCCCGAAUAUACGAGGACCGCCACGUGCUAAAGGACAGCAUCACUGGACUGAAAGCAUGCAGCCGACUGUGUACACAGUGAAAUGAUGGUGGUGAACACUGACCUGUCAUUACAGGAUAUGAUGUCUUCGAUGGGCAGAAGUUGAGGCAGCAACUUUGCUGCCGGGCAGCUUCUUUACCCACAGUUUUCGAUACACAGGACUGUGGAUGGACUCUUUCAUAGAUUUCUUAUAUUGUUUUAUAUUAUUAUUGGACAGAUGUGAUGAUGCUGAAAUAAAUUAAAUUAUAAUCAGA